AUGACCUGCACCUACGACAAGGCGGCUCUUGAGGGCAUCAAGGUGGCCUCCAAUAAGUUCAUCGUGAGCGUUGGCAGUGCUGGGGUCAUUCGUGGCAAGCGUCUGCCUCUGGUCAAAACGAACUUCCAUAUUACUGAACUCAACCCGCAAUACAUUUCGGGUGGCGAUGCUAUCACCUUGGACGGCACUAACAAGAUUUGGAUUGAUCAUGUCAAGAUCUUCCUGAUCGGUCGUCAGAUGUUUAUCACGGCAUAUGAAGCCAAUGUGUACUCCAAAGUUCUUUGA